UUUCAAAUCAACACGCCAAUUGCAUAUCCACUGUUACAAUGGGCCGCACCUAUUGAACGCACCACCCAAAAUUAUCCCCUGGCAACACUGUGAACCUCCAUAGCUACCGCCGCAGCCUGCCCCUCCAGCGAGACGACGCUGGCAACAUCACCUCCCAUGAUCAGCUCCUCACCAUGACCCGCAAGAAUGUAGAACACUAUGAUUCCUUGGGCACGCUGUAUGCAAAUGCCACAGACACGCUGCAGGGUGACCGGUUUUACGUCGAGCAGGGCGACAAUGGAUUCCAGUUCAAGGAGACUGAGACCGGCAAAUAUUUAGCCUUGAAGGGGCAGUAUGUAUUCUCAUUCCCACGUCUCACUGGCACAAACUGACUGGCUGGGGCUUAGUUGGAUUGGGCUUGAUGAUGAGGGAAUGGAUAUAUAGUUUGAGGAGUGGCUGAUUGAGGAAGGGAGGUAUAUCAUCACGCCGAGAGGGGAUAAUAUCUACCCCUUAGAUGGCCCAGGAUAUCAUCUCUGGUUUGAGGGGGCACCGGACGCUGUGUUUCAUAAUAAUGAGGAUGAUCUGAAUGUCAAGGGGGAGGGACAGCAUGCGUUAUUUUGGAUUGAUACAGUCCUGGGGUUA